AUGCCAACAAUUCCUGAACGGCGGAACCUUCUCGCGUUCCUCGGCUAUCGCGUGAAGGUGGAGCUGGACGACGGCUCAACGCUUAUUGGCCGCCUUGUUUCGUUGGGGCCAACAUCAAAUUUAAUACUCACCGAUGUCGAGCGUGUUAGACCUUUGAAGCGGCAGCGCGGCAGCACAAAGACGGAGUGCUACAAUUCGGUGUUGUUUGUACGUGGAAGCAGUGUUGUAUCGGUGCAUCACACCAGCGGUAUCACGACGGACCGUGGCGUUGUGGACACACUCACAGAUCGGCAAAUAGAAACAUCCAAAGCUAUUCAUAUGGCUAGUCAGAGUCUCAACACGCCCUUGCGGUAA